AUGAAUGAAAAAUCAUUACACCCAAAAAUAUAUAAUACAAAUAUAACAACAACUCAUAUCAAAUUGUUAGUUAUCAUAUUAAAUUAUAAAAUCAAUUUCUUAAAGAAACUUAACAAUAAUAAAUACAAAGUACAGAAAUAUAACAAUAAUAAAGAAAAAAUAAUUAUAGAAAAAAUAGGAGUGCCUUCAAAAAUUAAACCAGGAAGAUAUGGUGAAAUAUGUAAAGAUUGUAUUCCAAAGAAAUCAUAUUUAGAUUUUUCAGAAUUAUCUCCAACUGGAUUCGAGUUGGUUGACAACGCAAAGUUGGAAUGGUACGAAAAUUUUCCAAAGGUCAAGGUCUCAGUAAAUGGAACAUCAAAUCCAGUUAUUAUGGGACAAACACAUCAUUAUAGCGAAUUAUUAGAAAAUGUUAAUUUUUUCAAUAUUACAGGACGAAAUGAUAUUAAAUCAUUAAUGCAUUAUUCUUGUGGUAAUGCAACAUCAAGUGUCGUAUUCGAAUUUACAAAACCAACUCAACAAUUCUUUUUGGUUGUCUUUGGUAUUACUGCAGAAUCAUCAUUAACAGUCGAUGCUUACGAUGCCUAUAAUUAUCCAGUCAAUAUGUUGAAUUGGGAUACUCUAGAUCAUGGUUUGCUCUCUUAUAGUGGCGGAAAUGGAUCAAUUCAUCACCCACCAGCUGUUAGACAAACUCAUAGUAGCGCAACUUUAGACUUAACCUGGUCCAACAAAGGAAUGAGUAGUUACAUCAUUUUGGAGCCAAAUCAAGAUAUCGCCAAAAUUAUUUUAUCCGUAAGAAAUACUGCUUGUGAAGGCCAAUGUAAAGGUACAGCUCUUUAUUACUCUUUAAUUGCAGUUGGAGAAUGUCAAGAAAGCACUUUAUUCGCUAUCGGUAAUUAUGUUUUCAUUGAUUCUAAUCGUGACGGUAUUAAAGAAGGCUCAGAAGAUGUUGCAGCAAAUGUCAAGGUAGAAUUAUAUGACUCAAUUUCAAAAAAAUUAUUAAAAACAAAUACUACUGAUUCAAAUGGUAAAUACAUUUUCGACAAUUUACCCGAAGGUGCUUAUCAGGUUAAAUUUUAUCCACCACAAGGUUACAUGAUUACAAAUAUGGGUCAAGAUAGUGUAGCAAAUCCCUCAACUGGUUUAACCAACAAUUUUCUCUUAUCAAUGAACGCAUCCAACAUUGAAUUAUCAAAUGGUCAAACAAAUGCAACUUAUUGGAAUCCAACCAUUAAUGCAGGUAUCACUUUAAUAUCUUAUGGAAUUAAAGGAAAAGUUUGUAAUGAUCCAGAUGACGAUGGUAAAAGUGAUGGAUAUUUACCAAAUAUCAAAGUUUCAUUAUACUCUUCCGAUCAUUCAUCUCUUUUAAAAACAACUACUACCAAUUUCCAGGGUGAUUUCAAUUUUGAAGACCUUCCAAAAGGAGAAUAUAGUAUUUCAUUUACAUUACCAACUAAUUAUCAAUACUCAAGUGAAGCUCUUAAAAAACUUGAAAAAGGAUUUUUAAAUCAUAUCAAAUUAGAUUCUAACAGUACCAUUGAAAAUGUUUUAAGUGGUGUUGAAAUUUGUAUGAAAGCCGAAACUUUUGCAAUUGGUGGUUUAGCAUUCAAAGACUCAAAUGACAAUGGUUUCUACGAAAUGACAAAUGAAUCAGUUUUCCCAAAUAUAACAGUCGAAUUAUACAACCAAAAUGGUGAUAAAAUCGCUUCAUCUUUGACAAACCCAUCCGGUUCUUAUUACUUUGACUUAUUAGUACCAGGUACUUAUAACAUCCACUUCCAAAUUCCACCAGGUUAUAAAGUUUCACCACAAACUACAUUCUCUUUAUCUGACCCUUCUGCAUGGAUUCGUAAUAUUGUCAUUAGUGAUAGCACUACAAUUCAAAUUCCAAAUUUUAUUGAAACUAUUAAAGCAAACAAUAUUCUUUUAAAUCAAAAUUCCGGUUUUGUAUUAAAUAAAUAUGGUAUUGGAUCAUUUGUAUGGAAUGAUCAAGAUAGAAAUUCAAUUAGAAAUUCAAAUGAAAGUGGUAUUGCAAAUGUAACAGUUAAUGUUUUAUUAAAUGGAAAUAUAAUUGCUUCAACAAUAACAGAUUCAAAUGGAUCAUAUUUGAUUAAUAACUUGGAACCAAAUGAUUAUCAAGUUCAAUUUGUACUUCCAGAUUCAGAAUAUUUCAAAUUCUCACCUCAAACUCAUCAAUCAAAACCAGAUUCAAAUGGCUUAGUCAAUAGUGUUCAUUUGGGUCCAGAUAAUAAAGAAAUAAUAGCUGGUAUAGAACCAAAUAUAAAUGCUGGUGUUUUUGAAAUCGAUUUUGCUAUUGGUGAUUUAGUCUAUGUAGAUGAAGAUCGUAAUGGAGUUUAUAACAGCCAAAAAGAUAAAGGUGCUCCAUUCAUUACUGUCAAACUCGUAAAUGAAAAGACUUUUGAAGUUUUAACAACUCAAACUGCUCAUGAUGGUAGCUAUAGUUUCAGUCAUUUAAAGAAUGGUAAUUAUUGUAUUGAAUUUACAAUUCCUCAAGGUUUCCAUGCUUCUCCAACUACUGAUUACAGCGUUGGUGAUGUAAAUGGCCAAGUUUGUUUUACCAUAGAUUUAGAAAAUGCAGAUCCAAUUUCAAAAUAUAAAAAACCAUAUUCCGCAGACUUAUUAGGCGAUUAUUAUGACGAUACUAUAGAUCAAGGUAUUAUUAUUAGUUGGUUCGCUAUUGGCGAUUUAGUUUUCUAUGACGAAAAUCGUGAUGGAUUAUUCAAUAGCCAAGUAGAUAAGGUAGCACCCAAUGUUACAGUGGUUUUAAAUCAAAAUGGUACAGAACUUUCAAGAACCAAUACAGAUCAAAAUGGUCAUUACAUUUUUGAUAAAUUGGUACCAGGUGUUUACGAUGUUCAAUUUAUUGCACCAAAUGGUUACAAUUUUACAGUUCUUUCAAAAGAUAACAAAGCAAAUAGCCAAGGUAUGGUUAACUCUGUAGAUUUAAGUUUUAUCAGUGACUCAGUUGUUCCAAUCGAUCCAUCUAUUGAUGGUGAAUCAAUUGAAGCUUCAUACAUCGAUAGAACUGUUGAUGCCGGCUUAGUUUCAUUAUUAUUUACAAUUGGUACUCAUGCAUGGAUAGAUUUAAAUAAUAAUCAAGCAGAUGACGAUAAUAAGGGUUUAUCAAAUGUUAAUAUUACUUUACUUGAUUCAAAAGGAAAUGUUGUUCAAUCAGUCUUAACAGAUGAUAAAGGUUUAUAUAGUUUCAAUAAUGUUCCACCAGGCGAUUAUUGUGUAAUAGCAUCCAAUCCAGAUAAAUACUAUGCCAUUUUACCAACUAGUCAAUAUUCAGUAUUUGAUGUCUCUGGUAAAUAUUGUUUUACUCUAACUCCAGGAGAUAAUUUAGUUAAAGAUGAUGUAAACAUUGGUUAUACUUCACAAUUACAAAUCGGUGAAUUUAUAUGGGUAGAUAGUAAUAAUGAUGGUAGUUUUGAUAAAAGUGUCGAAAGUUUAUUAAAUGAUACUUUAGUUACAGUUACACUUUUAAAUGGCAAUGGUGCAACUAUCUCUUCAGUCGAUACAACAAAUGGUCAAUACCAAUUCAUAGAUUUAUUACCAGGAGACUAUUGUGUUAAAAUGACAAUUCCCGAUAAUUACAAACAAGUUGUUGGUACUCCAGAUUCUCCAUUCAAUGCUAGUUCAAUUUACUGUUUCCGUUUAAAUGAAACUUCUCGUAAUGAUAUUAACAUGGGUUUGAUUCCAUUGUUCAAAGUUGGUAAUAAUGUUUGGUUGGACCCAUAUAAUGUUGGUAAAAAAUCAUCAGAUUCCACUGGUGUUUCAAACUUUACUUUAUAUUUGGUUGAUGAUAAAGGAAAUCAACUUCAACAAACCACAACUGAUGACAACGGAGAUUAUUACUUUAAAGAUCUGGAACCAAACAACUAUUGUAUUAUUGCUAGUUUGCCACAAGGUUAUUCACUUGUUAAUACCUCCGAAGAUAGUCUAUUCAGCCCAGGAGUUGGUUCAAUCAUUCCAAAUUUCAUUUUACCAAAUCCAUCUGGUAACAUUGCUCAUUAUUGUUUCUUCCCAACUAAAAAUGACGAUACUAUAGACUUAGGUAUUACUCCACUUUAUCAAGUAGGUCAUUUGGUUUGGAUUGAUGCUAAUAACAAUGCUCAAUUAGAUAGCAACGAAAUCGGAAAACCUGAUAUUUAUUUAGAUUUAACUAACCAGGCUAAUGGAGAAGUUAUAACAACUAUUACCGAUUCAAAAGGAGAAUAUCAAUUUAAUAAUGUACUAGCUGGUAAUUAUUGUAUUUCAGUUGAAAAUAUUCCAAAUAAAUAUAAAAUUGUUGUUCCAUCAAAAGAUUCAGUUUUGGAUGCAAACACAGCAAAACAUUGUUUUGAAUUAAAAGAAUCCAAUCUUAAUAUCAAUAUAGGUCUUGUUCCAGUAAAUAAUGUUGGUGAAGUUGCAUGGUUAGAUAAGAAUAACGAUGGAAUUAAAGACUCCGAUGAAGGACUAUCUAAUGUAACAAUUAAUUUAACUGAUAAGGACGGAAAUAUUUUAAAUACAACCACAACAGACUCAAAUGGAAAAUAUAGUUUCGAAGAUUUACCACCAGGUUCAUAUUGUGUAGAAGCAGAUACUCCAUUAGGUACAAUCCCAGUUACUGGUAGUAAUGAUUCACCAUUUGUAGAUGGUAAAUACUGUUUCGAGUUUACUGGACCAGAACCAAUCGAUAGAAUUGAUGUAAAUCCAGGUUUUGUUGAAGUAUUAGACAUCGGUCAAUACGUAUGGGUUGAUCAAAAUAAUAAUGGUAUUAAAGAUGAAAACGAAAUUUUAUUACCAAAUGUUGAAGUUCAUAUAUUCUCACCAAAUGGUACAUCAAUUGCAAAUCUUACAACCGAUUCAGAUGGACGUUACUCACUCAAAGAUCAAGUUCCAGGUUCAUAUUGUGUACAAAUGGUUAUCCCACCACAUUUCAAACAAGUAGAAAAAUCAAUUGACUCACCAUUUGACGAAAACACCAAAUAUUGUUUCAAUAUGACUGAUAAAUCAGUAUUAGAUGCCAAUUUAGGUUUAAUUCCAUUAUACAACGUUGGAGAUAAAGUAUGGUUAGAUCCAUUCAAUACAGGUAAACAACAACCAGAUUCACCAGGUGUAUCUGACAUUCCAUUAACAUUACUCGAUAAAGAUGGUAAUCCACUUGCAUCAACCACAACAAGCUCUGAUGGUAAAUUUAAUUUCCCAGAUGUUGCACCAGGUAACUAUUGCAUCGAAGCACAAAUUCCAAAAGACAAAUAUAAACCAGUCAACAAAUCAGAUGAUAGUCUAUUCGAAGUUAUUGAAAACAACAAUAGUGAUACAGUAACCGUUAAAUAUUGUUUCGAAGUUGUAGAUCAAGAUGUCAAACCACCACUUGGAGUUACACCAUAUUAUCAAAUAGGUUCAUUAGUAUGGAUUGAUUCAAACAACAAUGAUGAAUUAAACCAACCACAAGAUAUCGGUAAAUCUGAUGUUGAAUUAACAUUAAUUAACCAAUCAAAUGGUGAAACAAAAUCAACUACAACUGAUAUCGAUGGUAAAUAUUCAAUUGAUCACUUAUUAGCUGGUAAUUAUUGUAUUUCAGCCACCGCUCCAAAUAAAUUCAAAUUUAUUGUUCCAUCAAAAGACUCUGUUGUUGAUUCAGAAGGUAACUAUUGUUUCGAACUCAAAUCAGACAACCUUAAUAUCAAUGCUGGUUUAAUUCCACUUAACAGUGUUGGUGAAGUUGCAUGGUUAGAUAAGAAUAAUGAUGGUGUAAGAGAUUCCGAUGAAACAUUAGCCGAUGUCAAUCUAACUCUUACUGAUUCAAAUGGACAAGUUUUAGAAUCAACUGUCACCGAAUCAAAUGGUAAUUACAAAUUCGAAGGUUUACCACCAGGUUCAUAUUGUGUUGAAGCAGAUACUCCAUUAAGUACUGUUCCAGUUACUCGAAGCCCUGAUAAUCUAUUUGUCAAUGGUAAAUACUGUUUCGAUUUUGCUGGUUCAGAACCAAUCGAUAGAAUUGAUGUAAAUCCAGGUUUUGUUGAAGUAUUAGACAUCGGUCAAUAUGUAUGGAUUGAUCAAAAUAAUAAUGGUAUUAAAGAUGAAAACGAACCAUUAUUAUCAGGUGUUGAAGUGCACAUUUUCUCACCAAAUGGUACAUCAAUAGCAAACUUUAAUACUGAUUCAGAUGGACGUUACUCACUCAAAGAUCAAGUUCCAGGUCCAUAUUGUGUACAAAUGGUCAUCCCAGAACAUUACAAACAAGUACAAAAAUCAAUUGAUUCACCUUUCGAUGAGGAUGCAACUUAUUGCUUCAACAUGACUGAUAAAUCAGUAUUAGAUGCCAAUUUAGGUUUAAUUCCAUUAUAUAAUGUUGGAGAUAAAGUAUGGUUAGAUCCAUUCAAUACAGGUAAACAACAACCAGAUUCUCCAGGUGUAUCUGAUAUUCCAUUAACAUUAAUCGAUAAAGAUGGUAACUCAGUUGUAUCAACUAAAUCAGAUCAAAACGGAAAUUAUUUAUUCCCAGAUGUUGCACCAGGUCAUUAUUGUAUUGUUGCAAAUGUUCCAGAAUCAUACAAACCAGUUAACAAAUCAGAUGAUAGUCCAUUCGAUGUCACAUCCGACUCAUCAGUUCAAUUUUGUUUCGAUUUAUCAGAAUCAAUUGACAAUGCUGAUUUAGGUUUAUCACCAUAUUAUCAAAUCGGUUCAUUAGUAUGGGUUGAUUCAAAUAACAAUGAUGAAUUAAAUCAACAAAAAGAUAUCGGUAAAUCUGAUAUUGGGGUUACAUUAACAAAUCAAGCAAAUGGUGAAGAAAUAACUACUACAACUGAUGUCGAUGGUUCAUACUCAAUUGAUCACUUAUUAGCAGGUAAUUAUUGUAUUUCAGCCACCGCUCCAAAUAAAUUCAAAUUUAUUAUUCCAUCAAAAGACUCUGUUGUUGAUUCAGAAGGUAACUAUUGUUUCGAACUCAAAUCAGACAACCUUAAUAUCAAUGCUGGUUUAAUUCCACUUAACAGUGUUGGUGAAGUUGCAUGGUUAGAUAAGAAUAAUGAUGGUGUAAGAGAUUCCGAUGAAACAUUAGCCGAUGUCAAUCUAACUCUUACCGAUAAAGAUGGAAACAUAUUAAACACUACAAGAUCAGAAUCAAAUGGUAAUUACAAAUUCGAAGGUUUACCACCAGGUUCAUAUUGUGUAGAAGCAGAUACUCCAUUAGGUACAAUCCCAGUUACUGGUAGUAAUGAUUCACCAUUUGUAGAUGGUAAAUACUGUUUCGAUUUCGCUGGUUCAGAACCAAUCGAUAGAAUUGAUGUAAAUCCAGGUUUUGUUGAAGUAUUAGACAUCGGUCAAUACGUAUGGGUUGAUCAAAAUAAUAAUGGUAUUAAAGAUGAAAACGAAAUAUUAUUACCAAAUGUUGAAGUCCAUAUAUUCUCACCAAAUGGUACAUCAAUUGCAAAUCUUACAACCGACUCAGAUGGACGUUACUCACUCAAAGAUCAAGUUCCAGGUUCAUAUUGUGUACAAAUGGUCAUCCCACCACAUUUCAAACAAGUUGAAAAAUCAAUUGACUCACCAUUUGACCAAAACACCAAAUAUUGUUUCAAUAUGACUGAUAAAUCAGUAUUAGAUGCCAAUUUAGGUUUAAUUCCAUUAUACAACGUUGGUGAUAAAGUAUGGUUAGAUCCAUUCAAUACAGGUAAACAACAACCAGAUUCACCAGGUGUAUCUGAUAUUCCAUUAACAUUAAUCGAUAAAGACGGUAAUCCACUUGCAUCAACCACAACAGGCUCAGAUGGUAAAUUUAAUUUCCCAGAUGUUGCACCAGGUAACUAUUGUAUCGAAGCACAAAUUCCAAAAGACAAAUAUAAACCAGUCAACAAAUCAGAUGAUAGUUUAUUCGAGGCUAUUGAAAGCAAUAAUAGUGAUAUUGUAACCGUUAAAUAUUGUUUCGAAGUUGUAGAUCAAGAUGUCAAACCACCACUUGGAGUUACACCAUAUUAUCAAAUUGGUUCACUUGCUUGGAUAGAUUCAAACAAUGAUCAUAUUUAUGAUACAUCAGAUUCAAUUAAACCAGGAGUACAAUUAACAUUAACAAAUCAAGCAAAUGGUGAAAUAAAAUCCUCUGUUACUGACAUUGAUGGUAAAUAUUCAAUUAAUCACUUAUUAGCAGGUAACUAUUGUAUUUCAGCCGCCAUACCAGAAAAGUAUAAAUUCGUUGAUAGAAAUGACGACUCUGUAGCCAACUCUACCGGUGAUUAUUGUUUCGAAUUAACUCAAUCUAAUCCAAAUAUCAAUUUUGGUUUUACUCCAGUAAAUAGUGUCGGUGAAGUUGCAUGGUUAGAUAAGAAUAAUAAUGGUGUAAGAGAUUCAGAUGAAGGUUUAUCUGAUGUUUUAGUUAAGCUUACUGAUUCUGAAGGAAAUAUAUUAAACACCACCACAACAGAUUCAAAUGGUAAUUACAAAUUCGAAGAUUUACCACCAGGUUCAUAUUGUGUUGAGGCUAUUACUCCAUUAGGUACAAUCCCAGUUACUGGUAGUAAUGAUUCACCAUUCUUUAAUGGUAGAUUUUGUUUCGAUUUCACUGGCUCAAAACCAAUUGAUAGAACUGAUGUAAAUCCAGGUUUUGUAUCAACAUUAGAUAUUGGCCAAUACGUAUGGGUUGAUGAAAAUAAUAAUGAUAUUAAAGAUGAAAACGAACCAUUAUUACCAAAUGUUGAAAUUCAUAUAUUCUCACCAAACGGUACAUCAAUUGCAAAUCUUACAACCGAUUCAGAUGGACGUUACUCACUCAAAGAUCAAGUUCCAGGUUCAUAUUGUGUACAAAUGGUUAUCCCACCACAUUUCAAACAAGUAGAAAAAUCAAUUGACUCACCAUUUGACGAAAACACCAAAUAUUGUUUCAAUAUGACUGAUAAAUCAGUAUUAGAUGCCAACUUAGGUUUAAUUCCAUUAUACAACGUUGGUGAUAAAGUAUGGUUAGAUCCAUUCAAUACAGGUAAACAACAACCAGAUUCACCAGGUGUAUCUGAUAUUCCAUUAACAUUAAUCGAUAAAGAUGGUAAAACUACUGUUUCAACUACAACAGGCUCAGAUGGUAAAUAUAAUUUCCCAGAUGUUGCACCAGGUCAUUAUUGUAUUGUUGCAAAUAUCCCAGAAUCGUACAAACCAGUUAACAAAUCAGAUGAUAGUCCAUUCGAUGUCACAUCCGAUUUAUCAGUUCAAUAUUGUUUCGAUUUAUCAGAAUCAAUUGACAAUGCUGAUUUAGGUUUAUCACCAUAUUAUCAAAUCGGUUCAUUAGUAUGGGUUGAUUCAAAUAACAAUGAUCAAUUAAACCAACCACAAGAUAUCGGUAAAGCUGACGUAGAUAUAAAACUUACAAAUCAAGCAAAUGGUGAAGAAAUAACUACUACAACUGAUAUCGAUGGUAAAUAUUCAAUUGAUCACUUAUUAGCUGGUAAUUAUUGUAUUUCAGCCACCACUCCAGAUAAAUUCAAAUUUAUUAUUCCAUCAAAAGACUCUGUUGUUGAUUCCGAUGGUAACUAUUGUUUCGAACUCAAAUCAGACAAUCUCAAUAUCAAUGCUGGUUUAAUUCCACUUAACAGUGUCGGUGAAGUUGCAUGGUUAGAUAAGGAUAAUGAUGGUGUAAGAGAUUCCGAUGAAACAUUAGCCGAUGUUAAUCUAACUCUUACCGAUAAAGAUGGAAACGAAUUAAACACAACCACAACAGAUUCAAAUGGUAAUUACAAAUUCGAAGGUUUACCACCAGGUUCAUAUUGUGUCGAAGCAGAUACUCCAUUAAGUACUGUUCCAGUUACUGGAAGCCCUGAUAAUUUAUUUGUAGAUGGUAAAUACUGUUUCGAUUUUGCUGGUUCAGAACCAAUCGAUAGAAUUGAUGUAAAUCCAGGUUUUGUAUCAACAUUAGAUAUUGGCCAAUACGUAUGGGUUGAUCAAAAUAAUAAUGGUAUUAAAGAUGAAAACGAAAUAUUAUUACCAAAUGUUGAAGUCCAUAUUUUUUCACCAAACGGUACAUCAAUUGCAAAUCUUACAACCGAUUCAGAUGGACGUUACUCACUCAAAGAUCAAGUUCCAGGUUCAUAUUGUGUACAAAUGGUUAUCCCACCACAUUACAAACAAGUUGAAAAAUCAAUUGAUUCUCCAUUUGACGAAAACGCCAAAUAUUGUUUCAAUAUGACUGAUAAAUCAGUAUUAGAUGCCAAUUUAGGUUUAAUUCCAUUAUACAACGUUGGAGAUAAAGUAUGGUUAGAUCCAUUCAAUACAGGUAAACAACAACCAGAUUCACCAGGUGUAUCUGACAUUCCAUUAACAUUACUCGAUAAAGAUGGUAAUCCACUUGCAUCAACCACAACAAGCUCUGAUGGUAAAUUUAAUUUCUUAGAUGUUGCACCAGGUAACUAUUGUAUUGAAGCACAAAUUCCAAAAGACAAAUAUAAACCAGUCAACAAAUCAGAUGAUAGUUUAUUCGAAGUUAUAGAAAGCAAUAAUAGUGAUAUAGUAACCGUUAAAUAUUGUUUCGAAGUUGUAGAUCAAGAUGUCAAACCACCACUUGGAGUUACACCAUAUUAUCAAAUAGGUUCAAUAGUAUGGAUUGAUUCAAAUAACAAUGAUGAACUAAACCAACCACAAGAUAUCGGUAAAUCUGAUGUUGAAUUAACAUUAAUAAACCAAUCAAAUGGUGAAACAAAAUCAACUACAACUGAUUCAAAUGGUCGUUAUGAAAUUGAUCACUUAUUAGCUGGUAAUUAUUGUAUUUCAGCCACCGCUCCAAAUAAAUUCAAAUUUAUUGUUCCAUCAAAAGAUUCUGUUGUUGAUUCAGAAGGUAACUAUUGUUUCGAACUUAAAUCAGACAACCUUAAUAUCAAUGCUGGUUUAAUUCCACUUAACAGUGUUGGUGAAGUUGCAUGGUUAGAUAAGAAUAAUGAUGGUGUAAGAGAUUCCGAUGAAAUAUUAGCCGAUGUCAAUCUAACUCUUACCGAUAAAGAUGAAAACAUAUUAAACACAACCACAACAGAUUCAAAUGGUAAUUACAAAUUCGAAGAUUUACCACCAGGUUCAUAUUGUGUUGAAGCAGAUACUCCAUUAAGUACUGUUCCAGUUACUGGUAGUACUGAUAAUCUAUUUGUCGAUGGUAAAUACUGUUUCGAGUUUACUGGACCAGAACCAAUCGAUAGAACUGAUGUAAAUCCAGGUUUUGUUGAAGUAUUAGAUAUUGGCCAAUACGUAUGGGUAGAUCAAAAUAAUAAUGGUAUAAAAGAUGAAAACGAACCAUUAUUACCAAAUGUUGAAGUUCAUAUAUUCUCACCAAAUGGUACAUCAAUUGCAAAUCUUACAACCGAUUCAGAUGGACGUUACUCACUCAAAGAUCAAGUUCCAGGUUCAUAUUGUGUACAAAUGGUCAUCCCACCACAUUACAAACAAGUUGAAAAAUCAAUUGAUUCUCCAUUUGACGAUAACGCCAAAUAUUGUUUCAAUAUGACUGAUAAAUCAGUAUUAGAUGCCAAUUUAGGUUUAAUUCCACUAUAUAAUGUUGGUGAUAAAGUAUGGUUAGAUCCAUUCAAUACAGGUAAACAACAACCAGAUUCACCAGGUGUAUCUGAUAUUCCAUUAACAUUAAUCGAUAAAGAUGGUAACUCAAUUACAUCAACCAAAUCAGAUCAAAAUGGAAAUUAUCAAUUCCCUGAUGUUGCACCAGGUCAUUAUUGUAUUGUUGCAAAUAUCCCAGAAUCAUACAAACCAGUUAACAAAUCAGAUGAUAGUCCAUUCGAUGUCACAUCCGACUCAUCAGUUCAAUAUUGUUUCGAUUUAUCAGAAUCAAUUGACAAUGCUGAUUUAGGUUUAUCACCAUAUUAUCAAAUCGGUUCAUUAGUAUGGGUUGAUUCAAAUAACAAUGAUCAAUUAAACCAACCACAAGAUAUCGGUAAAGCUGACGUAGAUAUAAAACUAACAAAUCAAGCAAAUGGUGAAGAAAUAACUACUACAACUGAUAUCGAUGGUAAAUAUUCAAUUGAUCACUUAUUAGCUGGUAAUUAUUGUAUUUCAGCCACCACUCCAAAUAAAUUCAAAUUUAUUAUUCCAUCAAAAGACUCUGUUGUCGAUUCAGAAGGUAACUAUUGUUUCGAACUCAAAUCAGACAAUCUCAAUAUCAAUGCUGGUUUAAUUCCACUUAACACUGUCGGUGAAGUUGCAUGGUUAGAUAAGAAUAAUGAUGGUGUAAGAGAUUCCGAUGAAAUAUUAGCCGAUGUCAAAUUAACUCUUACUGAUAAAGAUGGAAAUGUAUUUAAUACGACAACAACAGAUUCAAAUGGUAAUUACAAAUUCAAAGAUUUACCACCAGGUUCAUAUUGUGUAGAAGCAGAUACUCCAUUAAGUACUGUUCCAGUUACUGGAAGCCCUGAUAAUCUAUUUGUAGAUGGUAAAUACUGUUUCGAUUUCGCUGGUUCAGAACCAAUCGAUAUAUUUGAUGUAAAUCCAGGUUUUGUUGAAGUAUUAGACAUCGGUCAAUACGUAUGGGUUGAUCAAAAUAAUAAUGAUAUUAAAGAUGAAAACGAAAUAUUAUUACCAAAUGUUGAAAUUCAUAUAUUCUCACCAAACGGUACAUCAAUUGCAAAUCUUACAACCGAUUCAGAUGGACGUUACUCACUCAAAGAUCAAGUUCCAGGUUCAUAUUGUGUACAAAUGGUUAUCCCACCACAUUACAAACAAGUUGAAAAAUCAAUUGAUUCACCAUUUGACGAAAACACCAAAUAUUGUUUCAAUAUGACUGAUAAAUCAGUAUUAGAUGCCAAUUUAGGUUUAAUUCCAUUAUACAACGUUGGAGAUAAAGUAUGGUUAGAUCCAUUCAAUACAGGUAAACAACAACCAGAUUCACCAGGUGUAUCUGACAUUCCAUUAACAUUACUCGAUAAAGAUGGUAAUCCACUUGCAUCAACCACAACAAGCUCUAAUGGUAAAUUUAAUUUCCCAGAUGUUGCACCAGGUAACUAUUGUAUUGAAGCACAAAUUCCAAAAGACAAAUAUAAACCAGUCAACAAAUCAGAUGAUAGUUUAUUCGAAGUUAUUGAAAACAACAAUAAUGAUAUAGUAACCGUUAAAUAUUGCUUCGAAGUUGUAGAUCAAGAUGUCAAACCACCACUUGGAGUUACACCAUAUUAUCAAAUUGGUUCACUUGCUUGGGUAGAUUCAAACAAUGAUCAAAUUUAUGAAAUAUCAGAUUCAAUUAAACCAGGAGUACAAAUAACAUUAACAAAUCAAGCAAAUGGUGAAAUAAAAUCCUCUGUUACUGAUAUUGAUGGUAAAUAUUCAAUUGACCACUUAUUAGCAGGUAACUAUUGUAUUUCAGCUACUCCACCAGAUAAAUUUAUAUUUGUAGAUAAUAGUGACGACUCUGUAGCCAACUCUACCGGUGAUUAUUGUUUCGAAUUAACUCAAUCUAAUCCAAAUAUAAAUUUUGGUUUAAUUCCACUUAACAGUGUUGGUGAAGUUGCAUGGUUAGAUAAGAAUAAUGAUGGUGUAAGAGAUUCAGAUGAAGUUUUAUCUGAUGUUUUAGUUAAACUUACUGAUUCUGAAGGAAAUGUUUUACAGACAAUGAAAACAGAUUCAAAUGGUAAUUAUAAAUUUGAAAAUCUUAUUCCAGGUUCAUAUUGUGUAGAAGCUGUUACUCCAUUAGGUACAAUCACAGUUACUGGUAGUAAUGAUUCACCAUUUGUAGAUGGUAAAUACUGUUUCGAUUUCAUUGGUUCAGAACCAAUCGAUAGAAUUGAUGUAAAUCCAGGUUUUGUUGAAGUAUUAGAUAUUGGUCAAUACGUAUGGGUAGAUCAAAAUAAUAAUGGUAUUAAAGAUGAAAACGAACCAUUAUUACCAAAUGUUGAAGUCCAUAUAUUCUCACCAAAUGGUACAUCAAUUGCAAAUCUUACAACCGACUCAGACGGACGUUACUCACUCAAAGAUCAAGUUCCAGGUUCAUAUUGUGUACAAAUGGUCAUCCCACCACAUUACAAACAAGUUGAAAAAUCAAUUGAUUCUCCAUUUGACGAUAACGCCAAAUAUUGUUUCAAUAUGACUGAUAAAUCAGUAUUAGAUGCCAAUUUAGGUUUAAUUCCAUUGUACAAUGUUGGAGAUAAAGUAUGGUUAGAUCCAUUCAAUACAGGUAAACAACAACCAGAUUCACCAGGUGUAUCUGAUAUUCCAUUAACAUUAAUCGAUAAAGAUGGUAACUCAGUUGCAUCAACUAAAUCAGAUCAAAACGGAAAUUAUCAAUUCCCAGAUGUCGAGCCAGGUCAUUAUUGUAUUGUUGCAAAUAUCCCAGAAUCAUACAAACCAGUUAACAAAUCAGAUGAUAGUCCAUUCGAUGUCACAUCCGACUCAUCAGUUCAAUAUUGUUUCGAUUUAUCAGAAUCAAUUGACAAUGCUGAUUUAGGUUUAUCACCAUAUUAUCAAAUCGGUUCAUUAGUAUGGGUUGAUUCAAAUAACAAUGAUCAAUUAAACCAACCACAAGAUAUCGGUAAAGCUGACGUAGAUAUAAAACUAACAAAUCAAGCAAAUGGUGAAGAAAUAACUACUACAACUGAUAUCGAUGGUAAAUAUUCAAUUGAUCACUUAUUAGCUGGUAAUUAUUGUAUUUCAGCCACCACUCCAGAUAAAUUCAAAUUUAUUAUUCCAUCAAAAGACUCUGUUGUUGAUUCAGAAGGUAACUAUUGUUUCGAACUCAAAUCAGACAAUCUCAAUAUCAAUGCUGGUUUAAUUCCACUCAACAGUGUCGGUGAAGUUGCAUGGUUAGAUAAGAAUAAUGAUGGUUAUAAUGAUCAAGGUGAAGGACUAGCUAAUGUAACUCUUACUCUUACCGAUAAAGAUGGAAACAUAUUAAACACCACCACAUCAGAUUCAAAUGGUAAUUAUAAAUUCGAAGAUUUACCACCAGGUUCAUAUUGUGUUGAAGCAGAUACUCCAUUAAGUACUGUCCCAGUUACUGGAAGCCCUGAUAAUCUAUUUGUAGAUGGUAAAUACUGUUUCGAUUUCAUUGGUUCAGAACCAAUCGAUAGAACUGAUGUAAAUCCAGGUUUUGUUGAAGUAUUAGAUAUUGGCCAAUACGUAUGGAUUGAUCAAAAUAACAAUGGUAUUAAAGAUGAAAACGAAAUAUUAUUACCAAAUGUUGAAAUUCAUAUAUUCUCACCAAACGGUACAUCAAUUGCAAAUCUUACAACCGACUCAGAUGGACGUUACUCACUCAAAGAUCAAGUUCCAGGUUCAUAUUGUGUACAAAUGGUUAUCCCACCACAUUACAAACAAGUUGAAAUAUCAAUUGAUUCUCCAUUUGACGAUAACGCCAAAUAUUGUUUCAAUAUGACUGAUAAAUCAGUAUUAGAUGCCAAUUUAGGUUUGAUUCCAUUAUACAACGUUGGUGAUAAAGUAUGGUUAGAUCCAUUCAAUACAGGUAAACAACAACCAGAUUCACCAGGUGUAUCUGACAUUCCAUUAACAUUACUCGAUAAAGAUGGUAAUCCACUUGCAUCAACCACAACAAGCUCUGAUGGUAAAUUUAAUUUCCCAGAUGUUGCACCAGGUAACUAUUGUAUUGAAGCACAAAUUCCAAAAGACAAAUAUAAACCAGUCAACAAAUCAGAUGAUAGUUUAUUCGAAGUUAUUGAAAACAACAAUAAUGAUAUAGUAACCGUUAAAUAUUGCUUCGAAGUUGUAGAUCAAGAUGUCAAACCACCACUUGGAGUUACACCAUAUUAUCAAAUCGGUUCAAUAGUAUGGAUUGAUAUAAAUAACAAUGAUGAAUUAAAUCAACCACAAGAUAUCGGUAAAUCUGAUGUUAAAAUAACAAAUCAGCCACAAGAUAUUGGUCUAUCUGAUGUAGAUAUAAAACUAACAAAUCAAGCUACUGGAGAAAUAAAAUCAGCUAUAACCAAUGAAGAUGGCAAAUAUUUAAUUGAUCACUUAUUAGCUGGUAAUUAUUGUAUUUCAUUCACUCGUCCAGAAAAAUACAGAUUUAUUAUUCCAUCAAAAGACUCUGUUGUCGAUUCAGAAGGUAACUAUUGUUUCGAACUCAAAUCAGACAAUCUUAAUAUCAAUGCUGGUUUAAUUCCACUUCAUAGUGUCGGUGUAGUUUCAUGGUUAGAUAAGAAUAAUGAUGGUGUAAGAGAUUCAGAUGAAACAUUAGCCGAUGUCAAAUUAACUCUUACCGAUAAAGAUGGAAACAUAUUAAACACCACCACAUCAGACUCAAAUGGUAAUUACAAAUUCAAAGAUUUACCACCAGGUUCAUAUUGUGUAGAAGCUGUUACUCCAUUAAGUACUGUUCCAGUUACUGGAAGCCCAGAUAAUCUAUUUGUAGAUGGUAAAUAUUGUUUCGAGUUUACUGGACCAGAACCAAUCGAUAGAACUGAUGUAAAUCCAGGUUUUGUUGAAGUAUUAGACAUCGGUCAAUACGUAUGGGUAGAUCAAAAUAAUAAUGAUAUUAAAGAUGAAAACGAACCAUUAUUAUCAGGUGUUGAAGUCCAUAUAUUCUCACCAAACGGUACAUCAAUUGCAAAUCUUACAACCGACUCAGAUGGACGUUACUCACUCAAAGAUCAAGUUCCAGGUUCAUAUUGUGUACAAAUGGUUAUCCCACCACAUUACAAACAAGUUGAAAAAUCAAUUGAUUCACCAUUUGACGAAAACACCAAAUAUUGUUUCAAUAUGACUGAUAAAUCAGUAUUAGAUGCCAAUUUAGGUUUAAUUCCAUUAUACAACGUUGGAGAUAAAGUAUGGUUAGAUCCAUUCAAUACAGGUAAACAACAACCAGAUUCACCAGGUGUAUCUGACAUUCCAUUAACAUUAAUCGAUAAAGAUGGUAAUCCACUUGCAUCAACCACAACAAGCUCUGAUGGUAAAUUUAAUUUCCCAGAUGUUGCACCAGGUAACUAUUGUAUUGAAGCACAAAUUCCAAAAGACAAAUAUAAACCAGUCAACAAAUCAGAUGAUAGUUUAUUCGAAGUUAUAGAAAGCAAUAAUAGUGAUAUAGUAACCGUUAAAUAUUGUUUCGAAGUUGUAGAUCAAGAUGUCAAACCACCACUUGGAGUUACACCAUAUUAUCAAAUCGGUUCAUUAGUAUGGAUUGAUUCAAAUAACAAUGAUGAAUUAAACCAACCACAAGAUAUCGGUAAAUCUGAUGUUGAAUUAACAUUAAUAAACCAAGCAAAUGGUGAAACAAAAUCAACUACAACUGAUUCAAAUGGUCGUUAUCAAAUUGAUCACUUAUUAGCAGGUAAUUAUUGUAUUUCAGCCACCGCUCCAAAUAAUUACAAAUUUAUAGUUACUUCUAAAGACUCUGUUGUAAAUUCAGAAGGUAAUAUAUGCUUCGAACUCAAAUCAGACAAUCUCAAUAUCAAUGCUGGUUUAAUUCCACUUAACAGUGUUGGUGAAGUUGCAUGGUUAGAUAAGAAUAAUGAUGGUGUAAGAGAUUCCGAUGAAACAUUAGCCGAUGUCAAAUUAACUCUUACCGAUAAAGAUGGAAAUGUAUUUAAUACCACUACAUCAGACUCAAAUGGUUAUUACAAAUUCGAAGAUUUACCACCAGGUUCAUAUUGUGUAGAAGCUGAUACUCCAUUAAGUACUGUUCCAGUUACAGGCAGUACUGACAAUCUAUUUGUAGAUGGUAAAUACUGUUUCGAUUUCGCUGGUUCAGAACCAAUCGAUAGAACUGAUGUAAAUCCAGGUUUUGUUGAAGUAUUAGAUAUUGGCCAAUACGUAUGGAUUGAUCAAAAUAACAAUGGUAUUAAAAAUGAAAACGAAAUAUUAUUACCAAAUGUUGAAGUUCAUAUUUUCUCACCAAACGGUACAUCAAUUGCAAAUCUUACAACCGACUCAGAUGGACGUUACUCACUCAAAGAUCAAGUUCCAGGUUCAUAUUGUGUACAAAUGGUUAUCCCACCACAUUACAAACAAGUUGAAAAAUCAAUUGACUCACCAUUUGACGAAAACACCAAAUAUUGUUUCAAUAUGACUGAUAAAUCAGUAUUAGAUGCCAAUUUAGGUUUGAUUCCAUUAUACAACGUUGGUGAUAAAGUAUGGUUAGAUCCAUUCAAUACAGGUAAACAACAACCAGAUUCACCAGGUGUAUCUGACAUUCCAUUAACAUUAAUCGAUAAAGAUGGUAAUCCACUUGCAUCAACCACAACAAGCUCUGAUGGUAAAUUUAAUUUCCCAGAUGUUGCACCAGGUAACUAUUGUAUUGAAGCACAAAUUCCAAAAGACAAAUAUAAACCAGUCAACAAAUCAGAUGACAGUCUAUUCGAAGUUAUUGAAAACAACAAUAGUGAUACAGUAACCGUUAAAUAUUGUUUCGAAGUUGUAGAUCAAGAUGUCAAACCACCACUUGGAGUUACACCAUAUUAUCAAAUCGGUUCAUUAGUAUGGAUUGAUUCAAAUAACAAUGAUGAAUUAAACCAACCACAAGAUAUCGGUAAAUCUGAUGUUGAAUUAACAUUAAUAAACCAAGCAAAUGGUGAAACAAAAUCAACUACUACUGAUUCAAAUGGUCGUUAUCAAAUUGAUCACUUAUUAGCAGGUAAUUAUUGUAUUUCAGCCACCGCUCCAGAUAAAUACAAAUUUAUUAUUCCAUCAAAAGACUCUGUUGUCGAUUCAGAAGGUAAUAUAUGCUUCGAACUUAAAUCAGACAACCUCAAUAUCAAUGCUGGUUUAAUUCCACUUAACAGUGUUGGUGAAGUUGCAUGGUUAGAUAAGAAUAAUGAUGGUGUAAGAGAUUCCGAUGAAAUAUUAGCCGAUGUCAAAUUAACUCUUACCGAUAAAGAUGGAAAUGUAUUUAAUACCACUACAUCAGACUCAAAUGGUUAUUACAAAUUCAAAGAUUUACCACCAGGUUCAUAUUGUGUAGAAGCUGAUACUCCAUUAAGUACUGUUCCAGUUACUGGAAGCCCAGAUAAUCUAUUUGUAGAUGGUAAUUACUGUUUCGAUUUCAUUGGUUCAGAACCAAUCGAUAGAACUGAUGUAAAUCCAGGUUUUGUUGAAGUAUUAGACAUCGGUCAAUACGUAUGGGUAGAUCAAAAUAAUAAUGAUAUUAAAGAUGAAAACGAACCAUUAUUACCAAAUGUUGAAGUCCAUAUAUUCUCACCAAACGGUACAUCAAUUGCAAAUCUUACAACCGACUCAGAUGGACGUUACUCACUCAAAGAUCAAGUUCCAGGUUCAUAUUGUGUACAAAUGGUUAUCCCACCACAUUACAAACAAGUUGAAAAAUCAAUUGAUUCUCCAUUUGACGAAAACACCAAAUAUUGUUUCAAUAUGACUGAUAAAUCAGUAUUAGAUGCCAAUUUAGGUUUAAUUCCAUUAUACAACGUUGGAGAUAAAGUAUGGUUAGAUCCAUUCAAUACAGGUAAACAACAACCAGAUUCACCAGGUGUAUCUGACAUUCCAUUAACAUUAAUCGAUAAAGAUGGUAAUCCACUUGCAUCAAUCACAACAAGCUCUGAUGGUAAAUUUAAUUUCCCAAAUGUUGCACCAGGUAACUAUUGUAUUGAAGCACAAAUUCCAAAAGACAAAUAUAAACCAGUCAACAAAUCAGAUGAUAGUUUAUUCGAAGUUAUUGAAAACAAUAAUAAUGAUAUAGUAAACGUUAAAUACUGCUUCGAAGUUGUAGAUCAAGAUGUCAAACCACCACUUGGAGUUACACCAUAUUAUCAAAUCGGUUCAUUAGUAUGGAUUGAUUCAAAUAACAAUGAUGAAUUAAACCAACCACAAGAUAUCGGUAAAUCUGAUGUUGAAAUAACAUUAAUAAACCAAGCAAAUGGUGAAACAAAAUCAACUACAACUGAUUCAAAUGGUCGUUAUGAAAUUGACCACUUAUUAGCAGGCAACUAUUGUAUUUCAGCCACCACUCCAGAUAAAUUCAAAUUUAUUGUUCCAUCAAAAGACUCUGUUGUUAAUUCUACUGGUCAAUCCUGUUUCGAACUUACCCAGUCUAAUCCAAACAUUAAUGUUGGUUUAGAACCACUCAACAGUAUUGGAUCAAUUUCGUGGUUAGAUAAGAAUAAUGAUGGUGUAAGAGAUUCCAAUGAAACAUUAGCUAAUGUCAAAUUAACUCUUACUGAUUCAAAUGGACAAGUUUUAGAAUCAUUUGUUACCGAUUCAAAUGGUAAUUACAAAUUCAAAGAUUUACCACCAGGUUCAUAUUGUGUAGAAGCUGAUACUCCAUUAAGCACUGUCCCAGUUACUGGUAGUACUGAUAAUCUAUUUGUAGAUAACAAAUAUUGUUUGGAAUUCAUUGGUACCCAACCAAUCGAUAGAACUGAUGUAAAUCCAGGUUUUGUUGAAGUAUUAGAUAUUGGCCAAUACGUAUGGAUUGAUCAAAAUAACAAUGGUAUUAAAGAUGAAAACGAAAUAUUAUUACCAAAUGUUGAAGUCCAUAUUUUCUCACCAAACGGUACAUCAAUUGCAAAUCUUACAACCGAUUCAGAUGGACGUUACUCACUCAAAGAUCAAGUUCCAGGUUCAUAUUGUGUACAAAUGGUCAUUCCAGAACAUUACAAACAAGUAGAAAAAUCAAUUGAUUCUCCAUUUGACGAAAAUACCAAAUAUUGUUUCAACAUUACUGACAAAUCAGUAUUAGAUGCCAAUUUAGGUUUAAUUCCAUUAUAUAAUAUUGGUAAAGAUGCUUGGUUAGAUAAUUUGAAUGACGGCAAACGUAGACCAGAUUCACAACUAGUUGCCAAUAUUACAUUCUCUUUAUAUGAUAGUAAUAAUGAAUUAAUUGCAACCACAUCAACUAAUAACAAUGGUACCUAUGAAUUUACCGAUAUACCACCAGGAGACUAUUGCGUAAGAGCCAAAGUUCCAUAUUUAUAUAGACCUGAUUACCCAUCAUUAGACUCACCAUUUAGCCCAUUAGAAGAUAUUGAUUCAAAUGAUUUUAUCGUCGAAAACUGCUUCGAAAUAACAAAUAUGGAUAUCGUUAACUCCAAUUUAGGUUUAGUCCCAAUAUUAAGUGUAGGUGGUACAUCAUGGAUAGAUUUAGAUAUUUCCAAUUACCUUUCAUCCUCAGAUAUUUUCAUUUCCAAUGUAUCAGUUGUUUUAACAAAUGCCGAAGGAAAUACUAUUUACAGUACCAAUACAGAUGAUGAUGGUGGUUACUAUAUUGGCGGUUUAUUACCAGAUAACUAUUGUCUUCAAUUUGGAUCCCCAACUGGUUAUCAGUACCUCAAUGGAUCUAAAGAUUCACAAGCCAACUCUACAGGCCAAUAUUGUUUCACUCUAUCAAAAGAUAGCCAUAAUAUAAAUGUUGGUUACAAAGUAUUAUUCGGUGUUGGCCAUGUCGCAUGGUUAGAUAAGAAUAACGAUGGUAAACGUCAAGACAACGAAUACUUGAUGGAUGUAAAACUAUCUUUAAUAGAUGGUGAUGGCAAAGUAGUUGGAAGUACCACAACUGAUAUAUUCGGUAACUACUUCUUCUAUCCACUUGUUUUAGGACGUUAUUGUGUUGUCGCAGAAACUCCAUUAGGAUCUGUUCCAGUAACUGGUAGUAAAGACUCACCAUUUGUUGAUGGUCAAGAUUGCAUUAGAUUCUACGGUUCCAAACCAUUUAAUAAUACAGAUGUAAAUCCAGGUUUUGUUAAAGUAUUAGAUAUUGGUCAAUAUGUUUGGAUUGAUGAAAAUAAUGACAACAAAUAUGAAACAUCCGAAAAACUUUUACCAGGAGUUAAAGUUAAUUUAUUCUCACCAAAUGGUACAUCAAUUUCGGACACAGUUACUGAUUCAAACGGUCGUUAUUCAUUCAAAGAUCAAGUUCCAGGUGAUUACUGUGUAAAAAUGGUUAUUCCACCACACUAUAUUCAAGUUCCAACUAGUGUUGACUCACCUUUCAACUCAAGCACUGUUUAUUGUUUCAAGAUUACUGAUUCAUCAGUACUCAAUGUAAACUUAGGCUUAACCCCACUUCAUAAUGUAGGUAAUACUGUAUGGUUAGAUUCAAACAACUCUGGAAUUCGUCCAUCCAAUUCAAUUGGUAUUUCCAAUGUAUCCUUAACAUUACUUGAUAACACUGGUAAAACAAUUGCAAACACUAUAACCGAUAACAAUGGCCUCUAUGAAUUCAAUGAUAUUAAACCAGCUUCCAACUAUUGUAUUAUAGCAACAUUUGAUUCAAAUAUAUAUUCAUCUUCAAAAACAACUGUUGAUAGCCCAUUCUCGUCAAUAAACAAAUCUUCUUCCAAAUACUGUUUCAAUGUAACAACAACUGAUGUUAAUAAUGUUAAUCUUGGUUUAACUCCAUUCUAUACUGUAGGUCAAAAUGUUUGGAUUGAUUCAACCAACAAUGGUAUUAAAGAUAUAAAUGACCCAUUAAAACCAAAUGUCACAUUAUCAUUAGUUAACCAAUUGGAUAAUUCUAAACAAACUUUACAAACAGAUAUAACUGGACAUUACCAAUUCGAUCACCUAUUAGCUUCAAAUUAUUGUAUUUUAGCAACAAUUCCUGAUACAUAUAAAGCUGUUAUAACCUCAAUUGACUCUCCAUUCUCAAAUGUUGAUUCUACCUCCUCAAAAUAUUGUUUCGAAUUAACCUCAAAUAAAGACAAUGCCAAUCUUGGUUUAGUACCAUUAUAUAGUAUUGGUAAAUAUAUUUGGGUUGAUCUAAACGGGGAUGGCCAUCCACAAGCAACUGAACAACCAUUUGCAAAUGUUUCAAUUUCAAUAUCCUCACCAGCCAAUAACAUAUCAAAGAGUACUGCUACAGAUUCAUCUGGUAACUACAAAUUUGAUAACUUAGUUGUUGGUAAUUAUUGUUUAUCAAUGAUAGUUCCACAAAACUAUAUUGUCUCACCACAAACAUUAGAUUCAGUAUUUGACAACAAAGGUGGAAAAUGUUUCACAAUUAAAUAUGGUGACAAUCAAAAUCAAGAUAUUUAUAACUCCGGUUUAAUUCCACCACUUAUCUCAAUUGGUGACUUUGCAUUCAAGGACAUUAAUGGAAAUGGCAACUAUGAUAAGGGUCAAGAUACUCCAUACUCAAAUUUGACUGUUUUAUUAUACAAUCAAAAUGGAUCAUUAAUCAAUACUACUACCACCAACUCCAAUGGUAUCUACCACUUUGAAAAACUUUCCCAAGGUAUCUAUAGUGUAGAAUUUAAAUACUCUAAAGAUUUGAAACCAAGUCAAAUGGCAAGCGACUCGCAUAUAAACAGUAUGGGUAAAAUUAACUUCAGUCUAAGUAUCAAUAGUCCAGAUGUUACUGUUGCAACUCCAACUGAUAGUGUAUCAACCUUUUACAUUAAUCGUAAUAUUGAUGCUGGUUUCACUCGAGAAUUAUUAAGUGUUGGUUUUAUUGUAUUUAACGAUUUGAACAAAAAUGGUGAAAUGGACCCAGAAGAAGAUGGUAUGGAAGGUAUUACUGUUAAUCUCUUUAAGCAAUCUAACUUGAAUCAAUCAAUCAGCACAACAAAAACAGACAACAAUGGCACAUAUGCUUUUGUUCAUUUACUUCCAGAUAAUUAUUGUGUCAAUAUCAUCAAACCAGUAGAGUACUAUUACUCAUUCUCAAAUAGUACAACUUUCAAUAGAGUAAAUAAUCAAACAGGUUUUAUUUGUUUCAACUUAACCGUUUUCAGUGAUAAAGUAGGUAAGUAUUUAAUCCCAGGACAUACAGAAGAUCAAUAUCAAGACGCAAGUGAAAACUUUGGCUUAACUCCAUUUAGAUAUGGUGUAGGAACAUAUGUUUGGAUCGAUAAUAAUGGUAAUGGUGGUGCAGAAUCAUACGAACCACCACAAACAAACUUUACUGUUUCCCUUUACGAUAGAGAUUUGAACUUUGUCAACUCAACUUUAACCAAUCCAAGCGGUAUUUACAUGUUUGAUAAUUUAAUAGCAGGUAUUUACUACUUAAAGAUUACACCACCAUUAGGUUACACUAUUUCAAACAACACUCUCUUAGAUAACAAAGCCAACGCAACUGGUUGGGUUGUUAUUGAUUUAAGCCAAAAUGACAAGAAUCUUAUGGUAGCCGAAUCAUCAUGGGGAGUAAAUGCCGAUUUCAUAGAUAUUUAUCAAGAUUUCGGUUUAGUACCACCUAAAGUUGCUAUUGGUAGAUACGUUUUCGUUGAUAUUAAUAACAAUGGUGUAAAAGAUAAUGACGAACCAGGUUUAGCCAAUGUUACAGUUACAUUCAAUAGCAGAUCCAAACUUACUGAUGCCAAAGGUUUUUAUAUCUUUGAUAAUGUAGAAUUUGGAAAUAAUUGCUUCACCUUUACUCCACCAGUAAAUUCUUAUAAACUAGGUAUCCACGGUCAAGAUAAUUUCCUAUAUGGUAAUUCAAGUAUGUGUAUCAACAUUGAAAUGACCCCAGACACUAUUGUUACCACCAGUAAUGAUGGCUUUAGAGCUUUCUAUAAAAACUUUACAUUUAAUGUCGGUUUUAUUCCAAAAUCUUUAAUCAUCGGUGACACAAUUUGGGUUGAUGCAAAUAAUAAUUCAAUUUUAGAUUCAGGAGAAUUAGGUGCUGAUAACAUUACAGUUUCAUUAUUAAAAUAUAUUGAUAAUAGUGUAGCAUUAGAUAUAAAUGGAAACCCAAUUCCUAGUGUAAUCACUGAUAGUAAUGGUAAAUACAUUUUCAGAAAUGUAUCUGAUGGUCAAUAUAUUGUUCAGGUAACAAUUCCUCAAAAUUCAAGCAAAUAUAUAUCUGGCACUACUUUUUCAGCAAUUUUGACUGGUACACAAUCUAAAGCCAACCAGAAUGGUCAAAUUCCAAUAAUGGGAUCCGGUUUUAUCCUUGUAGAAAACAACACUUGGGUCAAUCUAGAUAAUGAUGCAGGUCUUGUUAUUCCAUGUUAUAGUAUAGGUCAACAAUCAUGGUCUGAUGGUAACCUCAACGGAAUUUAUGAUAUUAAUGAAAUUGGCUUCCCAUAUGUUAAUAUUACACUCUUCAAAGCAGAUGGAUCAAUUCCAAAUGAUAUCUUUGGAAAACCAAUCCAAAUGGUUACAACAGAUGUCAAUGGUAAAUACUCAAUAGGAAAUGUUCCACCAGGUAGUUAUUACCUCAAUGCUGGUAUCCCACCACGUUAUAUUAUUUCAAAUGUCACAACAGGUGGUGUCAUUAAUAAUAGAUUCUUCUCCUCCAAUCACAGUACCUCUAUUUUCAGUGUUCCAUCUAGUGAUGCAACUAUCGUAUCCACUACAGCACGUUGUAGACAAGCCUUUAAUAAAGGAAACAUUGGUAUCAACACCCCAUAUGUAGCUCUUGGUAUAAGAACAUUCGUUGAUAAUAAUAAGAAUGGUAUUUUUGAUAACGAUGAAAAACCAUUGGCCAAUGUAACAGUUUUAUUAUUGAACAAUAACGGUCAACAAGUAAUGGGAACCGAUGGUCUACCAUUAAAAGCAAUAUCAGAUGCACAAGGUUUCUACUAUAUUGAUAAUGUACGUUUAGGUUAUUAUAUUAUUCAAUUUGUUAUUCCACCAGGAUAUUCAAUUACCCCAACCAAACUAGUAUCAACUAGUUCACAAAUUGAAAAUAAUGCAUUCUCAAAUGGAAGAACCGAUGCCUUCAACUUAAUGAUUACCUCCAACGAUAUUCGUUCAAGACUCCCAAAUGAAACAUUUACUGCACCAUAUAUUGACCCAACUCAUGAUGCUGGUUUCGUUUUUACCACUAUGGGUAUUUAUGGUAACAUUUGGAAUGAUAUUUUACAAGAUGGCAAAUUUGAUAGCAACUCAAUCCCAAGUGGUGUAUUUACAGUAUUACUUAAAGCAGCCAAUAGUAGUUCAACUCUUAUUGCCUCAACUCAAUCAGCCACCAAUGGUUCCUACUCAUUACCAAAUAUUCAACUUGGAAACUAUACUCUUUCACUAGCACCCCCAACUGGAUCUGGUUGGUUAGCCACUAAACAAAAUGCCACAAAUUCAGUUACCGACUCAUAUUUGAACUCAGCAUUCAAUACCAGUGUAUUUGUAUUAAAUCAAAACGAUGACAACAACAUUCUUUGUCCAUUCUCUCAAUAUAAAUGUAAAUUGAUUAAUCUUGGUGUAAUUAGACCAAGUAUUAAAUCAGUCAGUGGAAGGGUAUUUAAAGAUUACAAUUGUAAUGGUAAAAUGGAUACUACAGGACAAUUUGGCACUGCUAAAGAUACUCCAUUAGCUAAGAUUCCAGUUUACAUUUACUAUAGUGAUAGUAAGACUCCAUUUAACAGUACCGUCACAGAUGCCAAUGGUAACUACACAUUCUACAACUUAGUUCAAGAUGGUCAAUACUUAAUUACUGUAGGUACUCCAGCUCUCCCAACUGGUUCAGGUGAUAAAGUUGAAGCUUGUAGACCAACAGGUGUUAUUUUACCAGCAUCUACUACAGUCCCAGCCGGUUUUGCUGAUUUCUCAUUCAUUACAAAUGAAGAAACCUGUCAAGAUAAUCCAAAUCUCUCAACAUCAUGUUUCGUAAUUGGUAAUAGCGAUAGCGAAUUAGGUCCAAAUUCUGGUGAACCAGUAAUUGUUAUGUUCCCAUAUAACGCAUCACAGCACAACCAAAUUACUCCACUAUCAUUCUAUUCUGAAUCAGGUACAACUUAUGGUCAAACUUAUGAUCGUGUAAAGAAACAAUUAUACGCUUCCUCAUUCACUAAAUUUGGUACUGAUUAUGGUCCAGGUCGUUUGAAUGCCAUUUACAAGAUUGAUGUUGUUUCUGGUAGAAACUUCCUCUUCUCUAGAUUAGAUUCCUUCUUAGAUAAAGAUAUUGAAGGUACCGAUGAUAUUUAUGGUAUGGAAAUUAACUUGGAUACAGAUUUCAGAAUUUCAGAAAUUUAUCGUACAGCAUUUGGUGGUUUAGAUAUUAAUCCAUAUCAAAGAACUUUGGCAACCAUUGGUCUCCAAACUAAAGAAUUAUUUAUUAUGCCUUUGGACACUCAACCUAAUAAAACUAAUACAGGUAGAUAUCCAGUUCCAGUCAGUUGUACAAGACCUCAAGAUAAAUACUUCUGGCAACCAUUCGCAGUAACAUAUCAUUUAGGAAAAUUCUAUACCGGUUCAGUUUGUGCUGGUCCAACCAUUGCAGAUUUAAAUGCUUUUGUCCAUACCUUUGAUCCAAUUACCUUACAAUGGAACAAAGUAGUGCAAAUGCCAUUGAACUAUAGUAGAGGCUGUAAGAACUUUGAUUCAAAUACAGUAUGUCACAAUAGUACAUGGCAACCAUGGAUCGAUAUCGAUGAUAACCCACAACCAGUUGUAGCCUCGAUUGCAUUUGAUAACAAUGAUAUUAUUUUAGCCAUUAGAGAUAGAGAAGGUGAUCAAGGUAGUUUCGUUUCAGCCCCAGAUAUUUUACGUAUUUGUUUAGUCAAUGGUGUUUAUGUUCCAGAGAGAGAUGGUAAAUGUGGUGAUCGUAUAGGUGCCCAUUUAGGUCCAUCAGGUUACAAAGGUCAAAUUGAAGGUCCAGGUACUGGUGAAUUCUAUAAUGAUAACUUUAGAAAAGGUCAAAUUGGACAUGAUGAUACUGGUGGUUUAGCCGUUUAUCAAGUUCCAGGUUUCCCAGAAAUUGCCUCCUCAUCAUUCGACUCUACUGUUGUAUUUGAAGGUGUAAUUAAAUAUUACAAUAACAACAAUGGUAGCGUAAGAUCAUCAUUCCAAGUUUAUUUGACUGAUAAUUCUGAUACAAUUAACCCCGUUACAUUUGGAAAAGCUUCAGGUUUAGGUGACUUAGUAGCACAUUGUACUCCAAAACCAUUAACAUUAGGUACAACUGUAUUUAUUGAUUAUAAUGGCAAUGGUAUCCAAGAUCCAUGGGAAUCAGGAAAACCAAACGUAACCGUUUCUUUAUUGGCACCCAAUGGUACUGCUUUAAUAAAGAGAGUUACUGAUUCAAACGGACAAUACACAUUUAUUAAUCCACCAUCCAAUAAUAUGAUAUACAGUGUUGCUGUUGAUACAUCAGCAUGUAAUCCAACAAUUGUUCCAAGUCCAAUACCUGCCUCAGGAGUAAUAUAUAAUGCUGCCUCAAUUGUAAGCACAAGGGCAGUAAUUUCAAAUAUCAAUAUUGUUGAUGCUAUGAUAUCGUCAAAUAGAUACGAUCUUAACUUUGGUUGUAAAGUUCAAACUUAAAUAAUAUAUAUAACAAAAAAAUAUAAAAAUAUAAAAAUAAAAAAAUAAAAUAAUAAAAAAAAAAAAAAAAAUAAUAAAUAAUAAAAUAAAAUAAUAAAAUAAUAAAUAUAAAAUAAUAAAUAAUUUUAAAUAAAAAUGUAAAUUUUAAAUU